CACGAAGAACUCGACGGACGGCUUCAGAGUCCCAGAGGACUGCCGCCAACCAAACAAACGAACAAAAAUUAAAGAACAAGCCGAUCAGCGACCGGGCCCCUCCUUCCAAUCCCACGCUUCCACCUCCAAAAGCCUCCUCUCCUCUCUGUCCACCUCACCUCACGAAGCCCCCCUCAGAUUCCACUCCUCCGAUCCCCGAUCCUUCACCAUCCUCUUCCUCUCACCAGCCCAAUCAUCCCUGAGAGAAACCCCCCAUUCCUUUUCCGUCUACUUUCCAGCAAAGCAUUUUUUAGCACUUUUCUAUAAGUUUAUAUUCCGCCCUCAAUGCCAGUGGUCUAAGUUUCCCUCACUCCUCACCGCCUUUCCACCGCCUUCCCAUCUCCAUCCUAUAUUUCCUUUCCGUCAUUUUCUAACCUAGUCCAACGUUCAACUCCUUCCCUCUCUCUCUCUUAACCGAACUCUUACUCUUCUUCCACAAAACCCUCUCCCCUUCUUUUUUUUAGCCCCCUCACCCCUGAGAGGCGCCGUAGACCACAAAACCCCGCCUAUCUCCCCUCCGGUCAAAAGAUUAGUUAAUCCACCGCGAAUCAACCCCCCAAACCGCGUCGUGCUCAUCAACCUCCAUCAUCCUAAUAUCUUCUGACAUAAAAAGAAUGCCAUCCCUUCUCUUCUCCGUCAUCUAUCCUGGCUAGAGUAAUUGGAGAGUGUCGCGUCCGGUUCGACCACCACAACUUGCCGUUUCUAACGUCGUGUCAGGGCUAAUCGACGGUUUUGGGGGGAUGAUGAGGAUGGUUCCCGGGGAGCGAGAGGGCGUCGCGAGCCUUGUGGCCGCGCGGCGGUCGCUGCGGGCGAGCCUGGACAAGUCGCGGGCGCUGUCGGCGGCGCUGGCCCGCACCGGCCCCCGCCUCGACGAGAUCCAGCAGCGCCUCCCCUCCCUCGAGGCCUCCGUCCGACCGAUCCGUGCCCACGGCGACGCCCUCGCUGCCGUCGGCGGCCACAUCCACCGCGCCGUCGGCCCCGCCGCCGCCGUCCUCAAGGUGUUCGACGCCGUUCACGGCCUCGAGCGGCCCCUCCUCUCCGAUCCUGGCGCCGACCUCCCCGGCUACCUCUCCGUCCUCAAGCGCCUCGAGGAGGCUCUCCGCUUCCUCUCCGACAACUGCGGCCUCGCCAUCCAGUGGCUCGACGACAUCGUCGACUACCUCGACGAUCACUCCGUCGCCGACCCCCGCUUCCUGUGCACUCUCAAGACCUCCAUCGCCGCUCUCAAGACCUCCUCCUCCCCCCUCGACGGCGGCCUCCUAGACGCCGCCCUCGACAAGCUCGAGGCCGAGUUCCGGCGCCUCCUCUCCGACCACAGCACUCCCCUCCCCAUGCCCUCCUCCGCCGCCGGCGACAUUGCCAACGGCGGUGGCGCCGUCAUCGCCCCCGCCCCUCUUCCGGUCCCGGUCAUCCACAAGCUGCUCGCCAUCCUCGAGCGCAUGACCGCCAACAACCGCCUCGACCGCUGCGUCGCCGCCUACGUCGACGUCCGCGGCUCCAACGUCCGCGCCAGCCUCCGCGCCCUCGACCUCGACUACCUCGAGAUCACCCCGGCCGAGUUCGACGACGUCCAGAGCAUCGAGCCCCACAUCGACCGCUGGGGCCGCCACCUCGAGUUCGCCGUCAAGCACCUCUUCGAGGCCGAAUACAAGCUCUGCGCCGAGGUCUUCGAGCGCGCCGGACCUCCCGACGCCUGGGCCGCCUGCUUCGCCGAGAUCGCCGCCCAGGCCGGCAUGCUCGCCUUCCUCCGCUUCGGGAAGACCGUCGCCGAGGCCAAGAAGGACCCCAUCAAGCUGCUCAAGCUCCUGGACAUCUUCAACUCCUUGAACAAGCUCCGGCUGGACUUCAAUCGGCUCUUCGGUGGGAAGGUCUGCGUCGAGAUUCAGAAUCUCACCAGGGAUCUCAUCAAGAGGGUGAUCGAUGGCGGCUGUGAGAUCUUCUGGGAGCUUCUGGUUCAGGUGGAGCUACAGAGGCAGAGUCCGCCGCCCUCCGAUGGUGCCGUUCCGAGGCUGGUGAGCUUCAUCACGGAUUACUGCAACAAGCUUCUCGGCGAGGACUAUCGCCCGAUUCUCACUCAGGUACUGAUCAUUCAUCGGAGCUGGAAGCAGGAGAAGUUCCAGGAGAGGCUACUGACCGAUGCGAUUCACAAUAUUGUCAAGGCCCUGGAGGCGAAUUUCGAGACUUGGUCCAAGGGCUACGAGGACACGACCCUCUCCUUCCUCUUUAUGAUGAACACCCACUGGCAUUUCUACAAGCACUUGAAAGGGACCAAGCUCGGGGAGUUGUUAGGGGAUGCAUGGCUGAGGGAGCACGAGCAGUAUAAGGAGUACUAUGCUGCCUUUUUCUUGAGGGAGACCUGGGGAAAGCUUCCAUCUUUGUUGAGUAGGGAAGGCCUUAUUUUGUUUUCCGGAGGAAGGGCCACGGCCCGAGAUUUAGUGAAGAGGAGGUUGAAGGCUUUCAACGAGACAUUUGAUGAGUUGUAUCAGAAGCAGUCGAAUUGGGUCAUAUCGGACAAAGACUUGAGGGAAAAGACUUGCCAUCUCGUGGUGCAGGCGAUCGUUCCCGUGUACCGGAGCUAUAUGCAGAACUAUGGCCCUCUGGUGGAGCAGGAUGCCAGUGCGAGCAAGUAUGCCAAGUACACGCCCCAGACGUUGGAGAAGAUGCUGACAUCUCUCUUUCAUCAUAAGCCCGGGAAGUCUGCAAGCUUUAGGGUUAGGCACUCCAAUGGAAAAGUUGACAGCGUCAUGGCCAGCCAGUUUCGAUCUGCUUCAACUGUAAUGUGAUACAAGGCCUCCCUGGCUAUCCUGAAGGGAAAGGGACUCCCUGUUUACGCGCCAGUCCAAAAGAAAUGGAUUGUGCGGCAAUUGGUGUUCGGACACUGGUUGUGUGUGCAUAUACUGCUACCUGAAGAGCUGGCAUGGAUGGGCGGCUUUACGUGAAAUUUAUUCAAAUGAUUAGCGGGGAUUUUUCAAAGACUAACCACAGUGGAAACACGAGAAGAAGCGUUCCCUGCAUGGCCCUUUGGGUGCCGAGAGCAGCCACAUACGAGCAUAAGCUUCUCAAGAGCAAAAUUUUAUAGAGGGUGGUUUUGGGAUUGGUUCCUCAGCACAUUUCUGAAGGAAAAUACUUUUGAGGCGCCCGUUUCACAUACACGAAGAAGUCAUUUGGCCUACAGCUGCUGAUUUGGCAACUCAGUAAUCAACAAACCCUCCAACCUCUGUGUUUGGCAACAAAUCUAAUGAGCUGUAUCACUCCUCUCUUGGAUCAUGGCAAGAGAAUCGUUCAUGUGCAUAUAAUCGGAGCCCCUUGGCGUUACUCGUUAUAGAAUUAGAAGGUAAUGCCAGUGAGUUACUACUUCUCAUUUUAGAUCGGACAUGCCUUUUUUUUUUUUCUGUUUUGGUUUGCUCGUCAAUCUCGCCAUCAAUGAUUCCCGAAUUCAAUUAUGUGGAUGUUGGAUCAAUUUCUACUGUCAAUAUAGCUGUUAUAUUACUGAAGACGAUAUGCUGAGCCUGCCAGUGAAUAUGGCUGUUCUAUUUGAA